AUGGUAUACGGGCGAGGAGGUGCAGGUAAUUAUUAUGCAGCGAAGGAAGAGAGCGAGAAGGCUGCCAAAGACAUUGAGGCAAACCACGCUGGUUCGUCCAUCGCACCAGCCUCUCGCUCUCCAUCAGCAGCGCAGCCCUCUAAUGCAUCACAAAGUUAUGCACAUAUGGGCCGAGGCGGAGCGGGCAACUGGUACCAGCCUACUGAAUUGCAGAAAGACGGUACCUUUACUCAACCUGGCGACUCCACUGCUAUUCCUACAUCUCCUACCCCGCAGGUUAGCACGCCAUGGCAUCCCGAAGACCAAGAGCUGCCUAUUGCGAGGAGCGGAAGAGGUGGAGCAGGCAACUUUGUAUGGAAGAGCGAAGAAGAGGGAAAGAAAGAAAGGGAUGUCGAAGACGCGACCAAGGAGGGAUUGCGCGAGCAGGCGGAAAGGAGUGUUGAAGCAGAACUGGCUAAGCCACCUGGUGCACUGCUUGGGAAGAAGACCGAGAAGGACUGGUGA